AUGAUAGUGUGCUUUGAUGUACAACAUGAGUCUUAUCUAAUUACCAGCAUUUUUCCGAGAAAAAAAAUGGCGCCAAAUAGUUUGUUCCCAGCUCCUAGCUCUGCUCAGAGAGUUUCAGGUAGUGGAGAUGGAACGGCGGGCUCGCAGCGACAACGCCAAAAGGUGGUGCUUCAACCGGGACAUUCGCCGUUAGAUUGGGCACAUUUAAAUAACACCAAGCCGAAACACGAACUACGUGGAGUGGCGCCAAGUGCUCCUCCGCCACAAUACACAAGAGUGAGCAAAGACGAGCUUAAACAGCAUAAGACCCUCACUGACUGCUGGACUUGCAUAAACGGAAAAGUGUUCAAUAUAACGCCUUAUGUUGAUUUCCACCCUGGUGGAGUCGAUGAGAUCAUGAAAUGUGCUGGUAGAGAUGGAACUGCCCUCUUUAAUAAGUACCAUAGCUGGGUGAGUGCAGAUAGAAUGCUAGAGAACUGCUUUGUAGGUUUCAUAAAGGAUAAUUAG